GCGGCUCGGCGUGGCCCGGGGCGUCCGCCAGGGGGCGCGCCGCGACGGGGCGGGAGGGGCCGUCUGGUCUGGGGAAUUAGCACCGGGGACGGGCGCGCGCGCAGGUCCCCAGCACAUCUGGGUAAGAGCCGAGCCUCUGGAAGCGAGCGGGGCGCCGAGCGCCUGUCUGGAGCGGCAGAGCCACCACGCAGCCGGAGCCCCUUCGAGACGCUCGGGGCGCACAUCUGGGACCGGGAGAAGGGACCGCGCGGCGCGCAGCUGGACGCGGGGAGGGGGCGGCGGCUGCACAGCUGGACCGAAGGGGGCGGGGUCGGUCCCAGCAACUGGCUGAGGGGAGGGCCGCAAGCCACCGGGGACCGAAGCAUGGGACAGCGCGCCUGAAGGAGCAGUCCGGGGCGGAGGGGGCCUGGGACCCCGAAAGGAAAAGAGAGACGGGUGAGAGCAGAGGAGGAAGAUGCAACUGACCCGCUGCUGCUUCGUGUUCCUAGUGCAGGGCAGCCUCUAUCUGGUCAUCUGUGGCCAAGACGAUGGGCCCCCUGGCUCAGAGGACCCUGAGCAUGAUGACCAUGAGGGUCAGCCUCGGCCUAGGGUGCCUCGCAAGAGAGGUCACAUUUCACCUAAGUCCCGCCCCUUGGCCAACUCCACCCUUCUAGGGCUGCUAGCCCCACCCGGGGAGGUUUGGGGUAUCCUUGGGCAACCCCCCAACCGCCCCAAACAAAGUCCCCUACCCUCGACCAAGGUGAAAAAAAUAUUUGGAUGGGGUGAUUUCUACUCCAACAUCAAGACAGUGGCCCUGAACCUGCUGGUCACAGGGAAGAUUGUGGACCACGGAAACGGGACCUUCAGCGUCCACUUCCGCCACAACGCCACGGGCCAGGGUAACAUCUCCAUCAGCCUUGUACCCCCCAGCAAAGCUGUGGAAUUUCACCAGGAGCAGCAGAUCUUCAUCGAAGCCAAGGCAUCCAAAAUCUUCAACUGCCGGAUGGAGUGGGAGAAGGUAGAACGGGGCCGCCGGACCUCGCUCUGUACCCACGACCCAGCCAAGAUCUGUUCCCGAGAUCUUGCUCAGAGCUCCGCUACCUGGAGCUGCUCCCAGCCCUUCAAAGUCGUCUGCGUCUAUAUUGCCUUCUAUAGCACGGACUAUCGACUGGUGCAGAAGGUGUGCCCAGAUUACAACUACCACAGUGAUACCCCCUACUACCCAUCUGGGUGACCUAGAUGGGCCACAGAGGCCUGUGCAGGAGGCUGGCUGUCUGGACACUGGGCAGGGAAAGGGAUGGGCCUCAGGAAGGGAGGGGGUGGAGAGGAAGAGAGGCCAGGCGGGUCAGGGUCAGGCCUCAGGUGUUGGGGAAGGGUCCCCAGUGCUGCGCCCAGCCUGAGGUUAGAAUGUACUUGUUAUGGAAGAGAAAUGGGCCCUGGGCAGCCUUACAGGGCUUUCUCUCCUAUUCAAAGCCGAUGCUGAGCCCUGAGGCCCCUGGGCAGGCAAGCAAGGUAACCCCAGAUCAAGCCACGGAGAAGACCUUAACCCUUGGCUCUCUCCUUGCCAUUCAGAAGGAGGACAGUCGUCGGCAAAGGGGUGUCCAACUGUGUAGGCCAGAUAGACAACUUAGGAUGGAGAGCUCAAUGGUUUGCCCUGUGGGGGCUGGCAGUGGGCAGCCCCAAGCCCCUUUCCUGCACUGAGGCUGAAGUGGCAACCUCAUCCCCACCCUUGGGUGUUUGCUGUCAUGACUACCUGUCACCAGCCGGGCCAUUCCUUUCCAAAAUCCCCUCUCCCUCCAGCACCUCUGCACCGCUGACACCUCUUGCUGAUGGCACACCACCCUGCCCUUCAGCCGAGACAGGACUGCUCUUAGGUCCUGUUAGCAUGAGAGGCACAAAGCAGAAGCUCGCCCGCCCUCGUGCUGUGUGCCUGUCCUCUGCCCUAACCACCUGCUGAGAGUGCUCCCUCAACAGCCAGCUCUACACGUCAGACUGGGGCAUUCUGCAAUAGGGAUAGGGCCCUCUUUGCUGGGCCAUGGGGCUAUCAGCAGAGGGAGGCGCAGGAGGCUCUGUGGCCAUGCUGGAACUGUGCCCUAGUGUUGUCUGUGGGGGUGGGGGGAGGGGUGGGAAGUCUUGUGAGAUGCCCUGUCACUUCUCUGUGCAGAGUCUUGUCCUUGGAGCAGGAAAUAAAGCUUUCCCAGGACACCGUA